UCCAGUCUUCCACUACUGUACUAUCUGCUAACCUCACGCGCUUCAACUCUGUUUCUAUCUGUACAGAAACUAUUUUUUCCCGGCAAAAUCUAACAAUUCAGAUUAUCAGUUAGCUAAUUAGGGUUUUAUUUUAGGGUUUGAUUAAGAAAAAAAUGUCUCAAACGGGAAAAUUGAUGCCGAAUCUAGAUCAGCAAACCACUAAGAUGCUUAAUCUCACAGUUCUUCAAAGAGUUGAUCCUUUUAUUGAACAGAUUUUGAUUACUGCUGCUCAUGUUACUUUUUACGAGUUUAAUAUCGAUAGUAAUCAAUGGAGUCGAAAGGAUGUUGAAGGAUCCUUAUUCGUUGUCAAGAGGAAUACUCAGCCUCGGUUUCAGUUCAUUGUAAUGAAUCGGCGAAAUACAGAAAACCUGGUAGAGAAUUUAUUGGGAGAUUUCGAGUACGAAGUUCAAAUUCCAUAUUUAUUAUAUCGAAAUGCAGCCCAAGAAGUUAAUGGUAUUUGGUUUUAUAAUUCUCGCGAAUGUGAAGAAGUUGCCAAUCUCUUUUCUAGGAUAAUUAAUGCAUACUCAAAGGUUCCCCCAAAAUCUAAGGUAUCCUCGAGCAAAAGUGAAUUUGAGGAGCUCGAAGCAGUUCCAAGCAUGUCGGUGAUUGAAGGCCCCUUAGAGCCUCCAUCAACUGCAUCUGUUGCCACUGAUGGUCGUGAAGAUUCUUCAUUUGAGGGUUUCUUUACAGCGGCUACAAAUCUUGGAAGUAGUGCGUCUAAUAUAGCAAAUUCAAGACAACCCUAUCAUUCUUCAGCCGCGGUCCCAUUAUCCUCCCAUACUCCUAAUGUUGUCCCCCCUCCUUUACAAAUUCCACAAAUACCAUCCCUUCCUCUUUCCUCUUUGCCUACUUCAGUAGCCAUCCAUGAAAUUCCUGAUCCCAUCAGUAGCGUCAAUCGGGUUACUAAUCUAGUGAAGCCUUCUUCCUUUUUUACUCCGCCAACAUCUUCGUCUCCCUUGAUGACUCCACCUAUCUCAUCUUCUCUGCCUACUGCACCGUCACUUCAUCCUCCUGUAAACCUGCAACGCCCAUAUGGUACUCCAAUGCUUCAACCCUUUCCACCUCCCACCCCACCGCCCUCUCUUACUCCUACUUCUCCUACCACUGUGCCCGUUAUUGACAGAGACAAAGUUCGUGAUGCACUCGUUUCACUUGUUCAGGAUGAUAGUUUUAUAGACAUGUUCUAUCAAACACUGCUGAAGGCGCAUCAUUCUUGAGGUGAUGAAGAGGCAUUAGGUUUUUUCCUUUGGAGAUGUGAGCAAAGUGCAAAAUGUUUGUAAUGAGUUUGGUGUACAGCUCUAGUCCAUAAAAUAAUGGUAAAGUAACUCUUCAUAGUAAGCUUGUUAAUAUUUGUCCAAAAAGUUACCAGGUUUAGAAGAAUUUACUCUGUGGGUUGAUUCUGUAUCGUGGUCUCUCCCGUGUCAAUGGAAUGUUGUAAUACUAGGAUUAUAAGUCUUAGAUUUUCAGGAUGUCAUCCCAGUUUUAUGAGGUUCCACAAAAGUGAAAAGGCUGAGUUUAAAUCUUUGUUAGCAAGGCUUGACGAAGAAUGUGUUAGAGAUCAUGUUUUUACUUCCCUUCUUUUUCUUUAUGGAUUUGUGUUUUUAUAA